GUCAACUCUGGUGUCAACGAGUGUACUAUGAAUUCACGUCCCACUAUAUGUGCAGGUGCAUCUAAAUUUCUACUUGAGACCAUAACUGGAUUUUCAUUAUAUGAAAAGCAUUCUGUUAGCAAGUUAUCUGUGUUGAGUUUGAGGGUGAAGAACGCACCAGGGAUUCACUUUGCAUCUAUGCUUCUGAGCUUCUCUGCAGGCCUCCAGAGUGCUAUUCCCACAACUCUGGAGAGAGACAUUAAUAGACUGUUUUCUGACAGCAUUGAUCAUAUUUGUACAGUGGAGCUGUGAGGCAGGUGUGCACAGCUCUUUGUAAGGUAAAUUGAUUUGUGUAUAAUAGUCUUGAAGUUCAUCCUGGCAUUAAGGUAUAAGGACACUGUGGUGAGUGCAUCUUUCAUACCUGGACAGCACAGCAGCAUUUCUAGUAUCUCAAAUGAUUCAUUACUGAGUCAUUCACAAAGCUGCUCCAUUUGAGAGGAGCAGAGGCUUCACAUCUUGGAAACACAUGCAAAAGGAGCAACAUAUUAGGUUUGCUAUUUCAAUUCAAGGUAGUAGCAGUAAUGUGGUUAAUGGAAAAUAGAAGAAACAUCACAGAAAUUGAACAAAGUUGGAGCAUUUUGCUCUGUAUUUACUCCUACUGCAAAAAGUUUUUUUAAAAGUUAAUUUUUCUGGCAUUUUCAACAUUUUUGAAAAAAUAACGAGAGACUAGAAAUUAUUUCUCUCUCUGAGAGUGGAUGUGCACAACAGGACCAGGAUGAAUCACCUUCUGGAGGUGGGUGAAUCACUGACUGAGAAGUAAAGUGGGGGCCUAGGUCUAGAUAUGGACCUAACUAACUUUAACAUCUCAAAUUGCCCAUUUAGAUCUUGAUUAAUCAUGUUGCCCUCCUUUUAUUAGGAGAGGAGAGGCUGGGCAAUGAGAGAGGGUUUUGCAGUCCAUCCUCAGGUAGGACAUUCACAAGAGGUCACAGGAAUCCAUUCUGAUGUUUUCUCUCCACUAAUCCUGGUUUUCUCUCCACUGCCGCCUGCUAAAAUCAUCCUACAACAGGAGUCAGACACUUAAAUGUGUAUGGUCAGUGUGUUUUGAGAUGCCCUAAGGUUAUUGAUACAUUGAUAUUGAUGCAUGAGACUGUAGGUUACCUCCCGCCUUCUGAAAAGUGGAGUCCCAGAGGUGACAUACCAGGACAUCUUAAUUGGUUCUUUCUGACUCCAUUUAGGCACCAGUAUCUCACCACCCAAGGCUGAUGAGUCACACACCAUAAAAGAUAAUAUCCCAACAGGCCUAGCUGGGAUUAGGAUAAAUACUCUGAAAGGACCAUGUUGAAUGACAGCAGACAUGUUGGACUCAUGUUUCUAUCUGGAUAUAAUUCUGAAGGAAAAUAUAUGUUACACUGGGUUUUCAUGACAGAGAUUAUGGGAUCUCACGCAUAUAUAAAAAUAGGUAUGUAUGUGUAUAUGUAUAAGCACAAAUAUGUAUUGAGAUAAUGACAAGAACUGUGGACUGUUUAUAUAAACAUGUAUACUUAUAUAUAAGCGUAUAAUAUUUACAAUACACAUAAUAUGCAUAUAUAAACCAUAUGUAGACUACAUGCAUACAUAUUAUAUAUGUAUCCAUACCUAUGUAUAUUAUAUAUACGUAGGCAUGCACAUGUAUUUUAUAUAUGGAACUAUAAUUAGUGGGGGAUUUGUUUCUGAGUUACAGUUCGGUCCAUCGUGUAGGAUUCGUGCGCUUUGUCUUCAGUGAACAACAUGUAUUUAUGGCAACUGUGAAAUUCGGAUGGUGGGGAGACUAUGGAGCAGACCAUGAAGUCCUAAUCAAAAUCCUUUACUUCCCCUUCACAGCUUUCACCAACAUGCUGCAAAUAAAAUGUCCAACCAAAGCACUGUGACAGAGUUUCUUCUCCUGGGAUUCUCUGGUACUCCAGAACUGCAGAUAUUCCACUUCAUGGUAUUUCUGGUAAUUUAUCUGGCUGCCAUGGUGGGAAACUUUCUCAUCAUUGUUGUCAUAGCUUUCAGUCAUCAUCUUCACACUCCCAUGUACUUCUUCUUGAUGAAUUUGUCUAUCUUAGACAUUUCAACCAUUUCUGUCACUCUCCCUAAGUCAAUGGCCAAUUAUCUGUUGAAUACCACAGCCAUCUCCUAUUCUGGCUGUGUUGCCCAAGUCUUUUUCUUCCAUAUUUUUGGUGCUGCUGAUCUUGCUUUACUCACUGUCAUGGCAUAUGACCGUUACAUUGCCAUAUGCAAACCUCUGCAUUACAAGACACUCAUGAAGGGGACUACUUGUAUCCGCAUGGCAGCCAGUGCAUGGCUCAGCUGCAUCCCUUACUCUGCUCUCCACACUGGGAACAUCUUUCAUUUAUCCUUCUGCAAGUCCAAUAUCAUUGACCAGUUCUUUUGUGAAGUACCACAGCUUCUCAAACUUUCCUGCUCUGAUUCAUACUUCCAUGAUGCUGGGGUUCUUGCAUUUAGUUUUCUUUUAGUCACCAUCUGUUUUGUUUUUAUAAGUAUGUCCUACAUUCAGAUUUUCGCUGUGGUCUUGAGAAUUCCUGCCAAGGAGCAACGGCAUAAAGCUUUUUCAACCUGCAUCCCUCAUCUCAUUGUGGUCUCCUUGUUUGUUAGCACCGGUUCUUUCGCUUAUCUUAAGCCUGUCUCCAGCUCCCCAUCAGCUCUGGAUCUCAUAGUUUCUCUUCUCUAUUCUGUGUUGCCAUCAGUGAUAAAUCCAGUCAUCUAUGCCAUGAAGAACAAUGACAUCAAAACUGCCAUGCGAAAAUUAACUGGCCACAGAUUAUUAUGAAAAGAUAAAUAAUCAGUUUUUCUUCAUUAGGCGCCCUCUAUGUUCUUGGUAAUGAACACUUCAUUUUCCAAUAACAGAAAAUUUAUAUCAACGGGAUCAGAACAAUUUUUCUUUUUUUUGAGGAAGAUUGUCUAAAGAUUUCAUUAUAUGUGUAAUUUUGGUGGCAGCAGCUUUUGCAGAAUGAUGUAUCAAUAGCGGAACAAAUGCAGGGUAAUGCUUGUAAGCACUUUACAUAUGCCUGCCUGCCUGUGUCGCUGUGUCACCUUCCCUGUGCUUUCUGUAUGCUUCUGGAGUACAGUCUGUAAUCAGGCUGUUGCAGAAAAGGGACGCAUCAAAGUGUGUGUGUGAGAGAAGAGGCUGCCCAGGAGGUCAGGACAUUUAUUUGCAAACCCAGAGAGGUGUUUUGGUGGUGUCCAUUUGGUUAUGUCAGCACUGGAAUGUUUGUUUUUUCUUUAUUGCGUCAACUACAAGAGGUACCAUUGUGACAAUAGUGCAAGAUGUGCCUCUGGAUAAUCAUCACUUCAUGUCUAAAUAAAUGACUACUCACAAGGUCUGCUCUGUAAUUCAUCUAAACUACCUGUGUACUUGCACAUCUUACUUUUU